AUGUGGUUCAAAAACUCAAAUGAUCGGCCAUCGGCCGGCGAGAAUGAGAUUGAAAGCGCCAGGAGUACAACCCUCAACCCUGAUGCCAAAGAGGCGGAGGAGGCCAUGACCCAGCAUGAUGCCAGAAGCCUUGAGGACGAAGUUCCAACUGAGGAUGCUCAGGCUGGCGUUCAGGGCAUUGAGGCGAUCACUCUGUCAUGGUCGCGGUCAUCCCUGAUCGUUGUAUAUCUCUCCAUGUUUUCACUAUACAUGGUGAACGCCUUCCGCCAGUCGAUCACAGGCAAUCUCUACGCGUAUAUCACGAGUGACUUUUCCCAGCACUCUCUGAUCCCUGUUAUCAGUAUUGUUACAGGUGUUAUGGGAGCGGCUUGCAAUAUGCCCAUUGCCAAAAUGUUGAAUUUGUGGGAUCGUGCGCAUGGCUUCAUCUUUUUGAUGGUCCUGUCAAUCAUUGGCACGAUUCUGAGCGCAACGUGCAAGAAUAUUGCAGUUUACUGCGCCGGAGAGGUUUUCUCGACAGUCGGAUUUACCGGAAUGAUCUAUGCGGUGGACGUUUUGACCGCAGACACGUCGAAAGUGUCCCACCGAGGUAUGGCGUUUGCCUUCACUUCAUCACCUUAUAUUGUCACUGCGUUUGCUGGCCCUAAGGCUGCUGAGAAGUUUAAUGAUAUCAAUUGGCGCUGGGGAUACGGGUGUUGGGCCAUUCUCGUGCCCUUUGUCGCCGCUCCGCUGUACAUCUGUAUGCAGCUUGGCAAACGAGACGCAAAAAAGAAGGGAAUCUGGGUGGAGCGGAAGAGCGGCCGUACUUUCUAUCAGAGCCUCAUCUAUUAUUUGAUCGAAUUCGACGUUCUUGGCGUGGUGCUUCUGGCGGGUGGACUUGUGGUUUUCCUUCUUCCUUUCUCCAUAGCAACCUCCGUCAAGGACGAGUGGAGGUCCGGAUCGAUUAUUGCCAUGCUGGUGGUCGGAUUCGUGAUCCUGAUUGUGUUCGCGCUGGUGGAGCGAUUCGUGGCUCCCAAACCAUUUGUCCCCUUCCGGUUGCUCACGUCUCGCACGGUUGUCGGAGCUUGCUUGAUUGACCUGACGUACCAGAUCGCUUAUUAUUGCUGGAACAGCUAUUUCACCUCUUACCUUCAAGUCGUCUACGGCCUCAGCGUUUCCACUGCCGGCUACAUCACGGGGAUCUUCGACAUCGUCUCUGCUUUCUGGCUAUUGGGGGUUGGCUACUUGAUGUAUAAGACUGCGCGCUUCAGGUGGCUUUUACUUAUUGCUGUUCCCAUGUAUAUCCUCUUCGUUGGCCUCCUGAUCUACUUCCGUCGACCGGGUACCAACAUUGGGUAUAUUGUCAUGUGCGAGAUUUUUAUUGCACUCAGUGGCGGCACCAUGAUUCUGUGCCAGCAGGUGGCUGUCACCUCCGUCUCGGCCCAUAAUGAUGUCGCGGCUAUUCUGGCCGUGUUGAGUCUCUUCGGAAACGUCGGUGGUGCAAUUGGCAACAGCAUUUCCGGUGCGGUGUGGACGAACACUCUCCCGCAAUCGCUCAAGAGACUGCUCCCGGACUCGGCCAAGGCAGAUUGGCAAACCAUCUACGAUGAUAUCACAGUGCAACUGAGCUACCCCAUGGGCAGUGCGGUGCGAACGGCGAUCAUCGACGCCUAUGCGGAUACGCAGACCAAGAUGAUCAUUGCCGGCACCGCAGUGAUGGCGUUGUCCCUGAUCUGGAUGCUUUUGGUGCGAGAUAUCAAGCUGACCGAUGUAAAACAAGUGAAGGGCUUGCUUUUCUAA